UUCUGAACUUUGAAGUGCUACACUUAAAAUGUCGACGUAUUUAAUAUUUAUUUUGUGUUACAUACCUUUAGCAAUUUGUACUAAAGGAGUGACACUAGUCGUGGACACCACUAAGUCUAUGAGUGAAGAAAAAGAAAUAAUCAAAUCGAACAUUAACAUAGCGUUAUGUGGAAUUAACAAACUGAAUUAUGAAUUCAUGUUUUUACCGUUUAACAAUCCUGAAAUAGGACCUCCGAUUAUGUCAUCAUCUUGUCACGAAAUAAUGGGUUUUAUAGAUUUGAUGGAAAUGAGCGGUGGCUACAGCUGCCCCGAGAAAUCAUUAUCAGCAUUGGAAAUGGCAUUACAACGGAGCAAAUCAAGCUCCUAUAUAUUUCUUUUCACAGACGCUCGGCCGGAAGACACUGAUAAGUUGGGUGCAGUACAAACGUUAUGCAGAACGCAACAGAGUCAGGUAUUCAUAUUCCUUAGUGACAAAUGCCACCCAACCGACACGUUUGACAUGUUUCACGAGGUGGCUAAGUCAUGCGCCGGCGCCGUUUACUACUUCGAUUUAUGGAAUUUACGUGAGGCCUUUACGUACAUGAAGGAAAUAAUGAGAACUGAUUGGAGCGAAAUGCGUUCUCGGGAAGAGAUAUAUGGAAACAAACGAUUCUCGUUUUCAGUAGAUACAUAUACUUCAAAUAUCAUUAUCGGCAUCUCUGGGGAAUAUCCAGAUUUGGAAAUUUUAAACAACUUUGAGCAUAAUUUAAACAUUAAUCAAGUUGUUAGCACAAGGCACGCAAAGGUUCUUAUGAUAGUGGAGCCACCACAAGGAGAAUAUUUUAUUGAAGCCCAAUGCAGAGGGUAUGCUGUCGUCACGUUUCUAGCGCACACACAGUUGCAAUUCAAAUAUGGCUUUUCACCAAAAAAGGCCAGAAGUCUAAAUGAAACUUCGGGUAGACCUCUACCGGGUACUACUAGUUAUAUUUUUGUGGAAUUGCCUGACACAUCCAUAGAACUAACCAGUGCAGAAUUACAUUUUAUUAAAACGAAUGAUAUAAAUACAUUAAAAUUGGAGCAAAUCAAUAUAAAUAAGGGGUUAUACAUGGCAACACAUUUAUUUGAACCAGGAAAGUCGUUCAGAUUAUCUUUAAGGGGCUCGCUGCAAUCAAAUGGACGAAAUAUUAAAGGCCUUACAAAGUAUUUGGAUCCUCAACAUCCUGAAAUGGUCACUGAAUGGAUUCAUCCAGAGGCGGAAAUACUUGAUCCGGAUUCUAUUCUACUUGAUUUUGGUUUGAAUGCUACACUCGGUUGUAAAGUUGAAAGUUUUCCCAGUCCUGAAGUCUGGUGGGAAGACGAUCAGGGUGAUAAACUGCCUUCAGAAACAGUUCUUCUUGAAAUCCCCUCUACAUACAUUAGCUAUAUGAGAAUUGAUAACGCAACUAGAAACGGUACUGUUUUAUGCAAGGCAAAGAACGCACUGGACACAGCUGAUGACUCUAUUGAAGUUUUCAUCAAUAGAACUUUUACUUUCGAAGUCUUGCAAUAUCCUACAGAUACGACAGUGGAAUAUGGGGAAGAAGGGAGACUGUUUUGUGAGGUAAAUGCAUACCCAGAAGCUGAGAUAAAAUGGUUCCACAAUGGAACAGAAGUUGAAGGCAGCGAUGAUAUAGAAUUGUUACCGGAUGAGAAUUUAUUGUUAAUAAAAGAGAUGUCUUUGAACAGUACGGGCGAAUAUGUUUGUGAAAUAAAAAAUGACGCGGAGUUUAGAAGCUAUGAAGCUACAGUAUAUGUCACUGGUUUAGACCCACCGGAAGUGAAGUUACAAAAUAGUGAAAUAGUUUUAAAACCAGGUGAUUGGACACAACAGGAGUGCACCGUUCUUAAAGGAAAACCUAAGCCCGAAAUUACGUGGAAGUACAAAGUGCAAAAUGGUUACGAUUAUUUAGACAUACCUGAUGGCGUUUACGUUGAAGAAAAUAUUGUAAAAAUACCAUCAGCUCAAACAUUCCAUGCUGGUGUUUUUAUUUGCGAAGCGACGAAUGUAAUGGGUGUCGAUAUGCAAGAAGUCACGAUCAGAGUACAGUUUCCGCCGAAAAUAAAGAAUAAGGAUGAAAAUUUAAUAGUCAAGCAAGGGGACCUGGUAGCUCUGUCAUGUGACGUGGAUGCUGUACCUAGCGCCCAAGUACACUGGGAUAUGUAUCAAGAUGACGUGAUUAUUACCUUCGACGAAGGGCACUUCACCGAUGAUAGAAACACUCACAGAUUUACAGCAAAAGCUAAUGAUUCUGGCAUGUAUCAUUGUAUAGCAGAAAACUCUAUGGGCAAAGCAAUGCGUACUGUAAACGUCAAUGUUUGGGUGGCGCCAUACAUAGACCCACCUGUUUCAAAUAACAUCACUUCAAAGGCCGGUUCAACUGUGCAUUUCGAUUGCUAUAUUGGUCUGGGAAAUCCAAUGCCAGCAACGAGAUGGGUAUUUAUAGCGCCGAACAGCAAUAUAACAGUUCUGACGGUUGGGCAUUCUACUGGAAGUCUUAAUUACGCACUUAAAAAUGUAUCUAGAAGAAAUGAAGGCACUUAUCGAUGCAUUGCUGAAAAUGAAGUUGGAGUAGAUACCAUACAUAUAUAUUUAAAAGUCGUCUAAAUCAUUAUUCUUUCUUACUUAUUCAAUUUUUUUAUUAGCGUAAUAUAUAUUAUUCAUCAUUAUUUUUAUAUUUUACUUUAA